GAGCCCUGAUGCAAGCUACAAUGUAACUGUAGUUUUAAUUCAAACUCCACUGUCCCUAGAGUCCCGACCAGGCCAGGUGGUCCAUGGCGUACAACCCUUAAAGGCAGGGGACAGUGGAAGUCCUGAGUCCAGGGCUGUGGCUGUAGCCGUAGGGCUGGGCUCCUCCCUCCUCAUGGAGCUGUGUUCCCUGACAGAGUCCCCUGCCGUCGGAGCCCCUAGAGCCCUGUGCCCUAAUGGAACAGGCUCACACGCACCUCCCUGGCCCCAUGCCCUGCCCAGACCUGUUCUAGAUUCCACACCACCCUUCCCCAAGGCUUCUUCCACCUCCCAGGAGCCAAGCCCGGGCGAGGACUGAGGCUCAGCUGGAGGCUGGCAAGUAGGAGGGCUGGGGCAGGCACGGUGCGGCCAUGGAAACCACAGCAGGACCUGUGAUCUACCAGAAGCUGCUGCUCUGGGAGCCGAACUUGGAGUCUGAGGAGGAAGGAGAGGAGACAUCAGAGCCGCUGGUUCCAAACCCCUGGAGGCCUCAGGAAUCCCCCCGGAACGAGGUUGGCGGCCUGCCUGGCACCUGGGCCCGAUUAGUCAGCACCCUGCUGCUGCUGGCUGUUGGUUUCUCCCUGGCUGCAAGGCAACUCCACGCUGGGGGUGGUGCUACAGGAACCUCAGACUCAGUGGUGCGUCCACCCAGCAGGCACUCCCACCGCCCGGGCGUAUACCACCACGGUGCCAUCAUCAGCCCUGCAGCCACCUGCUCCCGCCUGGGCCAAGAGCUGCUUGUUGCCGGGGGCAAUGUCGUGGAUGCGGGAGUUGGAGCAGCAUUGUGUCUGGCCGUGGUACAUCCUCACGCCACAGGGCUAGGUGCCAUGUUCUGGGGCCUCUUCUACAACAGCUCUUCAGGCAAUUCAGCCGCCCUGACAUCAGGCCCAGUGCAGACCCUGGCUCCUGGCCUGGGGCUGCCCUCAGCUCUGCCUACCCUGCACUUGCUGCACGCACACUUUGGCCGCCUGCCCUGGCCUCACCUGCUGGUGGGCCCCACCACCCUGGCUCAAGAGGGCUUCCUGGUGGACACACCCCUGGCCAGGGCUCUGGCAGCCGAGGGCACAAAGGGCCUCUGUCCACUGCUUUGUCACACUGAUGGGACCCCCCUGGGCCCAGGGGCCCGAGCCACCAACCCCAAACUGGCAGCCGUGCUGAAUAGGGCAGCAGUUGACCUGCCCCUGGCCCCUGCUGGGGACACCCUACUGAGGCUGCUGGCCAGAGAGCUGGGGCUGGAGGGACCCUCAGCUAGUCCCAUGCCCACCCUGGAACCAGCACUACAACUGCCUGUGGCCCAGGGCAUGCUGCUCACCACCCCCAGCCCCUCGGCGGGUCCACAGCUGCUGGCCCUGCUGCAGGCAGCCCUCAACUCUGAAGGGCCCAGCCCUGACCCCUGCCCACCGCUCCCACAAGCUACUGGGACCCCUGUGAGCAGUGUCCUGGCCACUGUGGACAGCAGUGGCUCUGUGCUUCUUCUCACCUCCUCGCUCAAUGGCUCCUUUGGCUCUGGACACUUGUCCCCAAGCACCGGUGUUCUACUCAGCAACCUGGUAGCCAACUCUGCACCUAGUCCCUGGGCCUGCCCCCUCAUCCUUCAUGGCAGCCCAGAUGACACAGAGGCCAGUGUUUUGGGGCUGGUAGCUUCAGGAACCCCCACAGUAGCCAGUGUCAUGACACACGCCCUGCUCAGCCACCUGGCCAAGCCCCAGAGGCAGGACCAGCGAGGACCAACAGAAAGCCCCAGCAUUUGUGGCCAAGGGACCCUGCUCCAGGUGGCAGCCCACACAGAGCAUGCCCAUGUCUCCAGUGUCCCCAGUGGCUGCUGCCCCUUUCAGGGGUUCUAAGUGGGGAGCAGUGUCGGUUGGGGGGAAGGAGGAGCAGGUCUCAAGUCUAGAGGCAGGGGCAGAGCAGGCCCAGCAGCAAUGCAGGACAUAAAGAGUAAAUCAAUUAUGUGCUCACUGCUGGCUCAGGCCCUUAACCUCUGGCCUGGUCAGCUACCUGGACUCAAAUUUUGGCUCUCAUUUCAGCUGAGGAUAAUGAGGGAAGAGCACUGGGGCCUGGGGCCAGCCCUGAGUUCAGAUCCAGCUCUGGGAAGGACAGGGGGUAGCAUGUCAAGCCCCUGCCUGGGCUCUGGGCCCCAUGGGUAGGGCAGGCAGAACCUGGGGUACCACCACCAUCUCCAUCCUCCCCUUCAGGAUGCCCUCUGCUGCUCUCUCUCAACUGGGCUGGAAACAAAAUAAAGAUCUAGUCUCCUGGG